UAGAUGUUCAUUGGUCGAGACGGUUUUAUGCUAUGCAUAUGCAGUUAUGUCAUUUUGUGUGUGAUGGCCUUUAAAGAAGCACUGAAAAAUCGAUUUGUGGCGGGCACAUGGCGCCGGUAUUAUUUUGCUCUUUCUAACCUUAUUUCAAAACCGUAACAAACAAAUCGAGUGUUAGUAAUUAUUUAUGUCUUAUAAAGCCGUACACUUUCUACGUUUUAGAAAAAAGACUAAAACGUUUAAUUCAUUGAGAUAAUUAUUAACCUAGAGUUUAAGAAAAUGGAUCGCACAAGUCUAGGAAGUCCGUUAGGAUGGUCGUUGUCUUCUCCUAGAAAACGAAUGUCAAUCGUUCAAUCGUUGAAGAAAAAUAGUUCUACAACAAGUAUGUCUGGUCGUACAAAUCAAUCUGUGCAAGUUAUAUGCAGAACACAGAGUCAUACAGUAGAAAGUUUUGGCUCUCCGUUGCCAGUUCUAGUUACCGAGGCGCUAACAUUUGUAGAUCGAAAUACAGCUGUCAGUGUUAAUAUAUCCGUUGAUGGCUGGGCUUGGCUUGUCUACGGUCGCAAAUUGCUUGUAUGGCAAUGUAAAACUAAUAUUCAUGAUCCUAAACAAAGAAGGACCUUCAAAACUCAGUGUCGUGAAUUAUUACUACCACAAAGUGAUUUGGCUCACAAAGCAGAUUGUAUAGCAGUCUGGGUACCAGCUGGCCAGCAGGUUCCUAGUUGCAUGGCAGUAUCGCCAGAAGGAGUGGUACGCUUCUGGGCAAGUGUGGCACAUGAGGGAUCCUCUGUGGAAACUAGCGCUGAGCUCGCGGGACAAGAAGUGGAUUGUCUUAUACACGUACCAGGCCACGGAUGUAUUCUUGCCACAACCACCUGUACAGUAGCGCUCUUACAGCCGCAAUUAAGCAACGGAAAGAACAAUAUUACAUGUCAGGUGCUUCGAACGAGCCAGGGAUGGCUCGGUGGCAUAGGCCGGAGAAUGACCUCCCUCAUUUUUGGCGCUAUACCACAAUCGCCCGUCGCGGAAACGAAGCUGGUUAAAAUCGUAUGUACGGCAUUGGAGGAGGGAGGAUCGAGAGUUCUCAUUCACGCCGGAUCUUCCUUGCAAUACUGGUUCUUUUCUCACAACGAACAGGAGAAGAUGGAGUUUGAUGAGGACAUCACUCACAUCGUUCAGCAGGCGUUCCAGAGAAAGAUCUGGGAAUCGAGCCCUCAAGACAUGUGCACAUGGUUCAUCGAUAUGCAAACGUGCGAGGAAGGCAUAGUCCUUUUAAUGGCGGCCUAUUCGGACCUGUCGAUUCAAAUACAAUUCGCGCUUGGAUUGCUGCCUUUAGCCGGCACGACGUUGUCGAAUGCCUUCAAAUGGUUCAUACCCAUUAAAAUCGAUCCGCUAUUAUUUUUUCACAACGACAUCGAGUCGACGCUGGUCUCUUAUCACUUCGUAUUGUGCGGCUGGGAGGCGAUCGUGUACAACCGGCACAACGUGCUUGUAGUUAACAUCGCUUCCGAGGUCGAGCAGGACAAGAUCGACUUGGUGAGAGGCGGCGAGGACAGUAUACUCGGCGGCGCUAUAUGCUCCGCGACUCCGGUGUUGUUCACCAAAAGCGUCGGCCUUGUGUCCAUCACGCCGGUGGACUUUGCGGCGCAGGACUUCAACGCGGGAUACACGGACACGACCAUGAGCAUGGACUACACCUACAAGGUGAAUCAGACGGCGCAGAACUUCUCCACUCUCAUAAGUAACGACGAGCUUCAGGAUAUGUAUUGCAGCUCCGACAUGAUCAUGCAAUUGCGCGCCGCGUUUCUUCUGAGCUUGCGGCAGAACAAGACGCAGUGCGACGAGAUUCUCUCGCAGCUCUUCCCGCUGCAGGAGGAGCCGGUGAUGGACAUCGACGCCACUCUCGACACGCUUGCUCUGAAGGUCGCGAAAGACCUGAUCGACGAUUAUCCGGCGAAUGAUCCGAGAUGGGCUCAACACCGGGACCUGUCGAUGACCGUGAACGCGGUCACGUCGAUGCAGAUACCGCAUCAGCUGGAGGGGAAGCAGAAAGCGCUGGAUCUCUUUGUAAUAUUCUUGAAGGAACACAAUUUGUGGGGCAGGCUCUGCGCGGUCACGUGCCGCGGCACCGUGAUGUCGACGUCGCACGUGCUCGGCGAGUAUGCCGAGAAGGUGGUCGCGGCGCUGACACUGUACAAUCUACAGAGCAGACACGCGGAAAUCAUAGACGCGAUGAUAGACGAGACGUUGAAUCAGAAGGAGGCCGUCGUGUCCGACGAGCUCGCGGCGCGCGAUGUAUUCUAUCGCGAGGUGAGCACAAUACAUCUCUUCUUGCCGACUCUGGUGGAGAACGCGUGCGAGGUCACGCAGUCCGAGAGACCGUUGCACCAGGUCGGACAGUAUAUCAUGCAAGUGAACGCCAUUUUAUUGGCUGUGCUGUACGAGGUGGUCAAGUAUCGGCAGUACAGCGCUGAACGAUUUGUCCCGGCCAAAUUUUCCAACGAGACAACGGAAUACCUUCCGUGGACGGCGGCGCCGGGCAAAUACGGGCUAAGGAAUUGCCUCAGCACGAUGCAGAACAUCACUGUCAAGCACGGUGUGACGGGAACCAGCGAUCCCACUGUUCGAAACGAGCUGUACGAACAACUCGUCAGCCUGAUCGAUUUGAUAUUGGACGGAAGGAAGUGUCAUCUGGAAAGCAUUCGCGGCACGGAGAAGUUCGACGUUCUCUUAAAGCAGUACGAGACGGAGCGCGCUAAUCUUAUACAGCCGCUGAUAAAGGAGGAGCAGUACGACAACGCCGCCAUACUGGCCGAGAAGUAUUGCGACUUCCCGUCGCUCGUGCAAAUUUGCGAGUUGACGAACAACAAGAGCCGGCUCGACGGCUACAUAGAAAAGUUCGCGGCGCAAGACUUCGCCGGCUUUCUGUUCUCCUGGUACGUGAAAGACGGACGUCAGGGACAGUUGGUGGAGAGAUGCAGGCGCGGCGGCACCGCGGAACUAACCGAGAAGCUGUCGGAACACCCGACUUUGUCCUGGGUGCAAGCGGCGCUGACCGACGACCUGCAGCUCGCCGCCAACACGCUUCACAGCCUGGCGGUGCAAGAAUCCGAGCUGGUCACGCGGAAAAAGUCGAUGCUCUCGUUAUCCAAACUGGCGUUGCUCGCGUCUGACGAGCCGGAGGACAAAGUGGCGGAUUGCGUGAAAACCAUCGACAGGCAAUUGAUACUCAUAGCUUACCAAGAGGAUCUGCCGAAUCAAGUGCUCGAAUCGUACGGCUACGACACUAAGAAGCUACGAGUGCUCACGCCGAGGGAAUUAAUUAUGUUGUACACGUCGAGCGACAACGUUAUAGCUAACGAAUAUGAUUUCAAGAAAGCCCUCGAUCUGCUGGACUACAUAGAACACGAAGAGGACAAAUCGGCAUUGAGAUUGCAAAUCUGGGCACGCGCAGCUCGGCGAAAUCAGUGGAACAAUGUGGAGAAGAAUCCGGAGCAGGAAGUGCAAGAGACAUUGUUCUUCAAGUUGAUGGACCUUACAUAUUUUAUGGGUGGAAAGGUUGACAAAUUUUUGCCGCACAUUGAUAUGCUUCUGAGAGAACCAGAACUUGGAGAGCUUGCUGCUUCGAGUAACUUCCAGUUUCUUAUAAAAUUAAUAUACGAGUAUGCUUAUCGAAGUUAUUAAUGUAAAAAGCUAUGAUAUUAAUAUUUUUAUAUGCGAUAAAUAAAUGAUUGUUGAUAGAAU